UCAACACUGUGGAACUGGAUGUGUACAUCCCAUAGAGAAAGAUCAACACUGUGGAACUGGAUGUGUACAUCCCAUAGAGAAAGAUCAACACUGUGGAACUGGAUGUGUACAUCCCAUAGAGAAAGAUUAACACUGUGUAACUGGAUGUGUACACUCUUAGGAAAAAAGGUUCCAAAAGGGUUCUUCGGCUGUCCCAAUAGGAAAACCCUUUAAGGUUCCAGGUAGAACCAUUUUUGGUUCCAGGUAGAACCAUUUUUGGUUUCAUGUAGAAUCCUCUGUGGAAAGGGUUCUACAUGGAACACAAAAGGGUUUUUCAAAGGGUUCUCCUAUGGGGACAGCCAAAGAACAAUUUUAGGUUCUAGAUAACACCUUUUUUUCUAAGAGUGUUUAGAUAUGCUAAGCUUGGAUUUGGAUGGGUAGACAAUACAGUUUCCCUUUCUCUUCUCCAGGUAAGGUCUACUACCUCCAGCACCCCCAGAAGGUCAACCUCACUGAGGCCCAGCAGGCGUGCUUCAACGACGGGGCCCAGAUAGCCAAGGUGGGCCAGCUCUAUGUCGCCUGGAGGUUCAUGGGCCUGAACCACUGUGAUGCCGGAUGGCUCGCCGAUGGGAGCCUGCGCUACCCCAUCACCAAACCCAGCCGCAACUGUGGCCCCCUGGAACCAGGGGUGCGCAGCUUUGGGUUCCCCCCUCCAUUCCAGAAGCAUGGGGUGUACUGCUACAGUGCAGGUAUGCUGUAAAUCUGAUAGAUGUGAUACAUCUACAUAUCACCAAUCUCACAUCUCUUCUAGUAUGGUAACAGAUCACAAUCCAGAAUUGAAUAGGUGUAUCUCAUGAAUAGAAAUUCUAUAAUUACUAUAUUAGGAUGCGAAGGUUGCGUUAUGGUGUGAAGUUGUGAGAAUUUCUAAUGUAGCUGGGGCCUGCUAUUAACAACUGGGAGAAUUAUCUGUCUGUACUUAGUGGCUGUACAUGUUUACUAUGGUCCUCCUUGUGAGCAGCCACCCUUGUUAUUUACACAAGCAGGUUAGCAGCACCAUGGUGAACAUGCAUUGCUCACACAGGAUCAAAUACUCACUGCAUCUAGCCUGUGGUCAACGAGAUCAGGAACAUUUGUCGUAGUCCAACAUUCAAGGACUUGAGAUUUCCUCGCUCUGUUUUUUUGGCGUUAUUUGAUAGGGACAGAUAUAAUCUAGAGAUUGAAUGAACAACAGUCAGAUGCAAUGCACCAUCAUACCUGAGCUAAAUUCCAGUGGUUGUCCUCAGAUUAUCAUUGAAGUACACUAGUUAGUAUUAAAACAUCUACACAGUUGUUCUGAUGUCAUGAGCCAGAUCUUUACAGUAUGCAUAUCUAUGACUGUUGAUAGAUGUGUUAUAUUGUAAUAUAAUGUAUGAAUACUAUACCUACACAACUGUAGUACAUUAUGGACCCACCUACAUCUUGUUGUAGCCUAUAAUGUGAUCCCUCACUAUGUGUGAAUGAACCUGUAGUUAAACCCGGACCUCAGCUUCAACUGUAAUAUUAUGUGUAUUGUUAGUUCAACUUCCUGUAUUGUAAACAUUUACUGUUCUCUCUUUGUAAACAUUUUCCUGUACGACAUAGGAGCUGAUCUCAGCUGAUAUUUUUGUUAAAUAAAUUGUCUACCUUUUAAGAGGC